AUAUGUGGUGGGGCACUGCGUGUGUACAGUUGUAUCAAUUAUAAUAAGCGCGGUUAUAGGCGUGGACAUAUAAGAACGUAUAAAGAGUGUUUGUGAAAAAAGUGAAUCUCUCUCGCAGAGUUUACGCAAAAAACAAAGAGCUCCUCCCGCACAUUUUUUUCGAAAUGGCCGUAGAAAUCCGUUUUUCUCUCCUCGUAGUGCUGUUCCUCUUUUUCUGUGUUCAUCAAGGACUUUCUAUCAAAUGUUGGGUAUGCAGAUCGGAUUCAGAUCCAAAAUGCGCGGAUCCAUUUGACAAUUCUACUGUGCCAAUCACAGACUGUAAACAAGAACCGGGUCUGGAGCAUCUGCCGGGUGUGAGACCAACAAUGUGCCGUAAAAUUCGUCAGAAAGUCAACGGUGAAUGGAGGUAUUUUCGUAGCUGCGCUUAUAUGGGCGAGCCGGGAAUUGCGGGUGACGAGCGAUUUUGCUUAAUGAGAACCGGUACCUAUAAUAUAUUUAUGGAAUACUGUACGUGCAAUAGUAAAGAUGGUUGUAACUCGGCAUCAUCCCAAUACGCGAAUUAUCUGCUUUUAUUAAUCGGUUUGAUAACAACCGUUCGAUUCAAAUUUGCUAUUUGAAGAAGGUUAGCCAAAGAAUUUUUUUUUCAAUCACCAGAUCUGAUUCAUAUUAAAUUUUACACGACAUUAUAUAUAGAUUACCAUAUCUUAAUAUUGAGCAAGAGUUUACUUGUACUUAUUGAAUACUCUUUUUACUUUACUCAUCGAACUUCAGGGAGGACAAACUUUUGUAAUCAAAUGUAUUCGUAGAUACUAUAGUUUUUAUAAUGCAAUUUUGUACUUUUCUAUGUAAUCAAGUGCCUUUGCAUAUCUCACAGAUACAAAGAAAUUAUGAAGUGUGUAGAUACAAAAACAAAAGAAUACAAGAAUGAUGACGCUCUCUUCCAGUAAGAUAAAUUUGCUUGACUUAUAGCGAAUUCGAUAGCAUCUGCACAAGUGCGCAUUGAGCGCAAUUUUUUUUCAAUGAAAGGCAGGCUACCGAAUUCGCUGUUAACGUUUGUUUUAUCGACGAUUGUUUUAUAAAACUAUAUUUUUACUGGAAGUUUUGGAAAAAUAUAUUUGUUAUUUCUUCUGAUUGUACUAAUUGAGAUAUAUAGAUUGUACUAAUUGAGAUAUAUAGAAAUCACAAAACUCACAAAGUAGUUAUUUAAUCAAAGACUGCUAAGUCCGUCCAGAGUAAUAUCAUCAAUAAUUUAGGUUAGUACACGGCAUUUUGCCAUUUUCUUACACUUUUGUGCAUAUACAUACGUGUUUCUUUAGUAAUAUAUUUAAUUUUUACAAUUUACUGCCAUACGAUGUAUGCAAUAUAUGCAAUUAAUUUUAUAAUUGUAUGACCGUUGCAGUUUAUUCAUCCAAGUACAACACAACUCAAUACAUUAUGUUCAACAUUAUGAAUUUGAUACAAUGAAUUGUAAGCAAUAUGGAAUGACAAUAAAAUUUAUUUCUGGAAUCAA